UUUUCAGCGGUUGCUGAGACAACACCCCGGAUACGGUUAAGUACGAACACAAGCUUUUAUUUUUACAGUUCGUUCAAAAUGAUCUGCAAUGCAUCUGUGGAAAUGAGUUACUAUCUUGUAGGGAGAAGCUAAUUUAGCUAACUAGCCUGGUUUGUGACGUUUCUGCAGGAGGAAGUUAGAUGCCGCUUGGGCUGGACUAAAAAAAUGCACCCGAAAUGCAAAGAGCCUUUCAGAUCUGCUGUACAUUAAUCAAAGUGUCGUCUCUUGCUGUGCUCCUGUAUCUGUGUCCAGGGACACAGGAGGGGCUGCGCAAUGUGACAGGAUGCUGAACCAUCACUUCAGAAGGAACCCGGACCUGCAGGAGGAGCUGCAGAUCCAGGCGGCGGUGGCAGCCGGCGAUGUCUACACCGUGCGCAAGAUGCUGGAGCAGGGCUAUUCGCCCAAGAUCAGGGACGCCAACGGCUGGACGCUGCUGCAUUUCUCCGCCGCCAAGGGCAAGGAGCGCUGCGUCCGAGUCUUUCUCGAGCACGGUGCCGACCCAACAGUAAAAGACUUCAUUGGCGGUUUCACAGCGCUGCACUAUGCUGCCAUGCACGGACGCGCGCGCAUUGCUCGCCUCAUGCUGGAAUCGGAGCACCGUGGCGACAUCAUCAAUGCCAAGAGCAAUGACGGCUGGACGCCACUGCAUGUGGCUGCACACUACGGACGCGACUCAUUUGUGCGGCUGCUCUUGGAGUUCCAUGCCGAUGUAGAUCCGCUGAGCGACAAGGGCACUACACCGCUGCAGCUGGCCAUUAUCCGAGAGCGCUCGAGCUGCGUGCGGCUGCUGCUUGACCACCACGCUAACAUCGAUGUGCAGAACGGCUUCCUGCUGCGCUACGCCGUUAUCAAGGGCAACCACGCGUACUGCCGUAUGUUCCUACAACGCGGGGCAGACACCAACCUCGGCCGUGUGGAGGACGGUCAGACGCCACUUCACCUCUCGGCUCUGCGUGAUGACGUGCUCUGUGCACAGCUUCUCUACGCCUACGGUGCUGACACAAACACACGCAAUUAUGAGGGUCAGACACCCGCCGCCGUCUCAGUCAGCAUGUCCCGCGCCAGCCGGCCCUGCCUCGACUUUCUGCAGGAGGUUACGCGUCAACCCAGGACAUUGCAGGACCUGUGUCGGAUAAAGAUUCGUCAGUGCAUAGGCCUUCAAAGCUUAAAGUUCCUGGAGGACUUGCCUAUUGCCAAGGUGAUGAAAGACUACUUAAAACACAAGUUUGACAACGUCUGACAGAGGUCCGGACAACUCCAGGCAUCAGCACAGGAACAGAUUCUCUAGUACAGACUAUGCAACCUCUCAUUUUCCUUUCUGUUCUCAACCCCAAGCAGAGGAUUGUUUUCUCCAACCAUUGCGUGAUGUUUGUUCUGUCAUCUGAUCUGGAAAUAUAGCCAAGCUACUCAUCACAGACACUGAACCCCAGCUCAUGUUCAUCGUUCGAUUGUUGACCCGUGAAGGGAAAAUGAAAUUCAACAUAUUUUAUUGAACAUAGUGAUAACACCCUGGUGUUAGGAUGGAAUUGAGGGUUGGAUCUAAAGCUGAUGUUAUGAUCUUAUCACCCUUAUAUUUUUCAUGGCAUUUGAUAUGUUGUUAAUUAUAAUUAAAUUAUUUGAAAAUGGAAAUUGAUUUUUUUUUUUUAAAUUCAAGCUCAGAUUUUGUAGUUUAUUACACCAGUUUCAGAAUACUCGUUUUACUUAUACACAUUUCAUAUUCACAAAUCCGUAAUGGUAGAACUAUUUCAGAGCUUUUGAUAAACAGGCGUAAACACAAAGCAUUACAUUUACUAGUUUCAAGCAUACGUUAGAUAUAGAAACUACUUUUUUUAACUAACUUACUGACCUUUUUUGUUGUUGUUGUUGAAAGAUGUCUGGACUUUGAGCUUUCAUCUUUUGAAGUCAAUAGUGCACCUUCUUCCACUUGACUAUUAACAAUUCAGCACAUUUUGAAGGUGUACCGACUUAACAGUCACAUUAAAUGCAAACUAUUCAACUUGUGGAGCAAGCAUUAAAACUGUGAUUUGAACUUCAGAUUUUUUUCCCAACUUGAAGUCUUGGUUUCCUCGUAUGGAACUCAUUAACCAGGACUACACGGUGUAUAUAAUUGUGUCAUAUGUACAGCAGAUAUUUUUCUAGAAUUAUUUAAGCUAUGAACUCUUGUAUCAUAAAGUGUUAAGAAUUUUUUUUGUUGAAUGGUUGUGUGGCUUUUUUUUUUUUAAGUCUUAAUUUUUUUGGGGUUUGUUUUGCAUUUUUAGAAUUGACAUACAUUGACAAACUAAUUGGGAGCAAUUAGUGGAUUUGUGGGAAUAUAAUUAAAUUUUCCCCUCUGUCAGGGCUAUGUAUGAGUGUUUUUUUGUUGUUGUUGUUGUUUUGUGUUUUUUUUUGGGGGGGGGGGGGGGGGUUAGGGGAAGAAGAAAAAAAUCAGUGCUUACAGUUCAAGGUCCACAGCAUUUAGUCGUGCCUUCACUUGGGUGGAAUCUCGGGUUGCUCAGCGGCAGGUGCUUUUUUUGUUUGUUUUGUUUUGUUUUGUUUUGUUUUUUUUAAACUGGUGUUUCACUUGUUAUUAAAUUAAAUCGAGUAGUAGUUAAGUUAAAGUACUUAAAAAUACACCAAUAUUAUCUAGUAAUUAUUUUAUUCCCUUCUUCCAGCUUUCGUCAGAUUGUCCCAUCCCAUCUGUAUUGAAUAGGCAUGUGCCUAUAAUUGGUUAUACAAUAUAUCUUUGCAAUAUUAAUAUUGCGUACAGGUCAGAAAUCUUGACGUUCUGUAUACAAGCCCAUGCAUCCCUUUGGAAGCCUGUCUCUAAACAGCCUUCUUAUUGAUGACACAUUGAAUGGACUUUAUAAGGUGAUACUGUUGUAAAUCAGGAUAAAAUGAAGUGUAUAUGGCUGAAUGAUGAUUUUUUAUUUUAUUUUAUUCAGCCUUGUACUAAUAAAAUGGUGGAUUAUUUGUUGCCAUAGAGGUUAUUGUAUUCUUUCAAUGUUACAGGCCUGAACUGGAAGUUUCUCACUUGAGCACAGGUGAGCUGUUCAUCUGAAUCUCAAUACAGGAAUAAAAAAUACUUUUGAUUGGAA